UCCCGUACCAAGAUGGCGGCAGAAGCAGCUGGUGGGAAAUACAGGAGCACAGUCAGCAAAAGCAAAGACCCCUCGGGGCUGCUCAUCUCGGUGAUCAGGACUCUGUCUACCAGUGAUGAUGUUGAAGACAGAGAAAAUGAGAAAGGUCGCCUUGAAGAAGCCUAUGAGAAGUGCGACCGGGACCUGGAUGAAUUGAUUGUUCAGCACUACACAGAACUGACGACAGCCAUUCGCACAUACCAGAGCAUCACAGAGCGCAUCACUACCUCGCGGAAUAAAAUCAAGCAGGUAAAAGAGAAUCUACUUUCCUGCAAGAUGCUGUUGCAUUGCAAACGGGAUGAACUUCGUAAACUAUGGAUUGAAGGAAUUGAACAUAAGCAUGUCCUGAACCUGCUGGAUGAAAUUGAGAAUAUCAAGCAAGUGCCUCAGAAGCUGGAACAGUGCAUGGCCAGCAAGCACUACCUUAGUGCCACUGACAUGCUGGUCUCAGCUGUGGAGUCUCUGGAGGGCCCGCUGCUCCAGGUGGAAGGACUCAGUGACCUCAGGCUGGAACUUCACAGCAAGAAGAUGAAUCUGCACUUGGUUCUCAUAGAGGAACUGCACCGGCAUCUGUAUAUCAAAUCCACUAGUCGGGUUGUGCAUCAUAACAAGGAAAAAGGGAAGAUGAGUUCUCACAGCAAAGAUGCCUCUCCUGGUCCUCUUAUUGAUGUUACAAACAUCCCUACUCCAUGCAAAUUCCUUGAUGCCACUCAGUAUUCGGCUGCUGGAAGCUCAAAUGCGAGGGAGAUGAGCCUGCAAGACAUAAAGGAGGACUCGGAGUGUGAUCCGGAGGAGAACAGCACACUUUUCAUGGGAAUCCUUAUUCAGGGGCUGGCCAGACUAAAGAAGAUUCCUGAGACAGUAAAAGCCAUUAAAGAUCGUUUGGAGCAGGAGCUAAAGCAGAUUGUGAAGAGGUCAACUACCCAGGUGGCAGACAGUAGCUAUCAGAGAGGAGAGAGCCUCACUGUGGACAACCAGCCAAGGUUACUUCUAGAACUGCUGGAACUUUUGUUUGAUAAGUUUAAUGCUGUAGCCACUGCACACUGUGUGGUGUUGGGGUACCUGCAGGACUCUGUUGGGACCCAGCCAACACAGCAGGAAGACAUCAAAUUAUAUGACAUGGCAGAUGUGUGGGUGAAGAUCCAAGAUGUGCUGCAGAUGCUGUUGACUGAGUACUUGGAUAUGAAGAACACACGUACUGCAUCAGAACCAUCAGCUCAACUAAGCUAUGCCAGUACCGGACGAGAGUUUGCAGCCUUUUUUGCCAAGAAGAAACCACAAAGGCCAAAGAAUUCUCUUUUCAAGUUCGAAUCCUCCUCCCAUGCUAUCAGCAUGAGUGCCUAUCUGCGAGAACAGAGAAGGGAGCUCUACAGUCGAAGUGGAGAACUUCAAGGAGGUCCUGAUGACAACUUAAUUGAAGGUGGAGGAACAAAGUUUGUCUGUAAACCUGGAGCCAGGAAUAUUACCGUAAUAUUCCAUCCAUUACUGAGAUUUAUUCAGGAGAUUGAACAUGCCCUGGGACUUGGCCCUGCUAAACAGUGUCCUCUUCGAGAGUUUCUCACCAUGUAUAUCAAAACCAUCUUCCUUAAUCAGGUCUUGGCUGAGAUCAACAAGGAGAUUGAAGGAGUCACCAAAACAUCAGACCCCUUGAAAAUCCUAGCUAAUGCAGACACCAUGAAGGUUCUGGGGGUGCAGAGGCCUCUUCUGCAGAGCACAAUCAUUGUGGAGAAAACAGUGCAAGACCUCAUGAACCUGAUGCAUGACCUGAGUGCAUAUUCAGAUCAGUUCCUCAACAUGGUGUGUGUGAAGCUCCAGGAGUACAAAGACACCUGCUCCACAGCCUACAGGGGCAUUGUACAGUCGGAAGAGAAACUUGUCAUCAGUGCAUCUUGGGCAAAAGAUGAUGAUAUCAGCAGACUCUUGAAAUCGCUGUCAAACUGGACUAACAUGGCUCAGCCCAAACAGCUGAGGCCUAAGAGGGAAGAGGAAGAAGACUUCAUAAGGACAGCCUUUGGCAAGGAGUCUGAAGUUUUGAUUGGAAACCUUGGUGACAAGCUCAUUCCUCCACAAGACAUUCUCCGUGAUGUCAGUGACCUCAAAGCCUUGGCCAACAUGCACGAAAGCCUGGAAUGGCUGGCAGGCCGAAUGAAGUCGGCUUUCUCCAACCUGUCUACAUCCCAAAUGCUUUCUCCUGCUCAAGAGAGCCACAUGAACAUGGACCUUCCCCCAGUGUCUGAACAGAUCAUGCAGACACUGAGUGAGCUUGCCAAGUCCUUCCAAGAUAUGGCCGACCGCUGCCUGCUUGUCUUGCAUCUGGAAGUGAGAGUUCAUUGUUUCCACUAUCUCAUCCCUCUGGCAAAGGAGGGGAACUAUGCUAUUGUUGCCAAUGUGGAAAGUAUGGAUUAUGACCCUCUGGUGGUCAAGCUCAACAAAGACAUCAGUGCCAUGGAAGAGGCCAUGAGCGCCAGCCUCCAGCAGCACAAGUUCCAGUAUAUCUUUGAAGGUCUAGGACACCUUAUCUCCUGCAUCCUCAUUAAUGGAGCCCAGUACUUCCGGCGCAUCAGUGAGUCCGGCAUCAAGAAAAUGUGUAGGAACAUUUUUGUACUUCAGCAGAAUUUGACCAACAUCACCAUGUCACGGGAGGCAGACUUGGACUUUGCAAGGCAGUACUACGAGAUGCUGUACAACACAGCCGACGAGCUCCUGAACCUGGUGGUGGAUCAGGGCGUGAAGUACACAGAGCUGGAGUAUACCCACGCCCUGACCCUGCUGCACCGCAGCCAGACUGGCGUGGGUGACCAAACCACCCAGAACACCAGGCUGCAGAGGCUCAAGGAGAUCAUCUGUGAGCAGGCCGCCAUCAAGCAAGCCACCAAGGACAAGAAAAUAACCACCGUCUGAGGGGCUGCGCCACAGCCGGGGGGUGGGGUGUGGGGGGGUUCAUAGUGUGUUGUCUACACUGAUGGCCAAUGGGUAGAAGGGGAAUUCUUUUGCUUUUCCGUGGGAACUCUUAGGACGUUUGCAGUACAGGAUAUCUGUGGAACUUCUUUAGUGCAGUCUAUUCCCAGGGGAUGGGGGUGGGACAGGGAGGAGGGCGCGGCAAGUUGCUGAACUCAAAAUGGACUUAAGGAAAGCCAUUGCUACCUAAGCUUUCGGGCCAUCCUGAAACUACUUAAGAAGGCCUGUGGCCUAAGCAAGUGUGCAGUUUAUACUUUAGUGAAGUAAGUGUGUGCACAGCGCUUUGACUCCAUUGCCAAAAUCAAGAAAGUGCUUCUCAGCUGGCUUCCCUCCCCAAACCAGAUCUCUAGGCCAGGGGAGAAAGCAGAGGUUCUUUAUCCUGACCCUGGGAAGGUUUGUAUGCUAUAGCGCUAUAGCGAGUGAGUACACAGGCCGCUGGUUGGUUUCACACCUUUUUGUUUUGCCGGAGGGAUGGCCCAACUGUUAGGAGCUCUGGCUGGCCUGCCAGAGGACUGGGGUUCAGUUCUUAGAACCUGCAUGGAGGCUCACAACCCUCUGUAAUUUCAGUUCCGCUGGCCUGCCAGCUGGCCUGAAGCCUCUUCUGGCCCCACAAGCACUGCAUGCAUGUGCACAGACAUACAUGCAGGAAAAACUGCUUUACACAUAAUGUCAAAAUUUAAAACUUCAAACUAGUGCUAAGACUAAAAGGGAGAACUGCCCACCUCACCUCCGCUUCAUCGAGCGUAAACUGAGAGCGCCCUCAUGUUCCCCUGCACACUGUGUUAAUGGUCUCAUUGCUGUGACUAAAACAAAAGCAGCCCAAGAGUGGAAGGUUUAUUGGCCAACACUUAACAGGCAUGACCAUCCUGACAGGGAGGUCGAGGCAGCAAGAGCUUGAGGCAGCUGGCCACAUGACGUCUGCAUGCAAGAACGCUGUGUCCGGCUAGCUUUCUCCUUUUCCGACUGCCCAUUGAGUGACUCCCCCACAUUCAGAGUGGACCUCCCCCGCUCAGUCCGUAUACCUUAAAUCAUUCCUCACAGACAAGUCCUAUCCUAGUUGGCUGCUGUUGCUGUGAUAAAACACUGACCAAAACCAACACUCACAUACACACACACACCAAGUACACACACACAAUAUAUGUAUAUAUAUUUAAAAUUUUUGACAAUGAAAAAGUUAAGCAAUUAGUAUUAUAAUAAACAUUGAAAAUACUGAAAAAUUCAGAGAGGAAUAAAACAACAAAUAUUUAAUAUAAAGCAAUACAUCUCAAUUCUGUUCAAUAGAGAGCAAGGAAAUGGGACAUUUUUCCUGUGUUGCUACCAGUGAUGCCUCUUUUUUAUUUGUUUGUUAGGUUUUUUGUUUUUGUUUUUGUUUUGAGACAGGGUUUCUCUAUGUAGUUCUGGCUGUCCUGAACUUACUCUGUACAACCAGCUAGCUGCUAAGCCUUUUGAAAUGCCCGUUCCUGUUCGGGUACCUGCAGUGCUCCUGGCCAUAUGGACCUUGCCACUGCCCCAGGCCCUCAUGCUCUUGCUACUUGAGAUCUUGCUACAUAGAUCUCAGGGGGCAAUACUAUACCAACAAGGAUAAAUGAACAUGCUUGAACACACAUGGGAAGAAAAGCCAGAAGGGCUGGCCAUUUAAAGUCGCUCAGAGACCCCCGAGGGACGGAAUUUUCACACCUGCUUGUAACAACUUUGGUCUGGAUGGGAAUAACCAAAAAUUAAAACCUGUUUUGAGAAGCUUAA